GAAAACCAUUGGAGAAGUCCAAAACAAACCCAAACAAAGCUCAAAUAAACACAAAAUAAAAUAAUAAAAAACAUCGUCUUCCCCACCCCUCAAAUUCCAGGCUCUUCUCGCGUCAAAGCUCCCAUCUAUAAAUGGCUAAGUCUUCCCAAAAUCCGGCAGUGAAUCGCUCGGAAAAAAGGAAAAAAUCGUUGAGAUUGUCAUCCUUAUUUCAAGACUUUCUCAACCUAGUCGUUACUGCAAAGAAAUGGUUAAAGAGGUUGACUGUACCGACGAUUAGCAUCUGCCUCUUCCACAACUCGCAAAGGCGCAUCUUCAACCCACAAAAAAUCUGCUUCAUUUUGCAAACCCUCGACAGCCAUCGCAUGUGCUGCUCGAUUUCCUUCACGUGCAAUAAAUUGGAUUCUGCAAGAAUGAAAGAGUCUCGCCAAAUUCUUCACAUCUCAGAGCAAACUGAAGUCCAUGUAGAAAUGCCAGCGCUUCGACUACCGACCGAGUCAGAUAUCCCUGCAUCAACAUUAAUCUUAACCCAUUCUUGCGGAGGGGGCAUCCAUUUAAUCAUGGAUCUUGGCUUAGGGUGCUUCAGAUUCAAAGCGCAACCCCAAUACUCCAAGCCAAAACUCCUCAUGAUAAAGGUUGACUGUAGGUUUCCUCCAUCCUGAAACGUCGGAUCCUCAGUUUCCCCGGGAAUACCGUAUCUUUAUUGAUCCUCCAACUUUUACCUAUUUCCAAAACCACACUGUUAUUACCAUAAUGUUCAACUGAACUAAAUUGUCCAUCCAACACACAAAAAGUUUACUUGCACAUUUACAAGCAGAGAAGGAUUACAUACUCAUAUGACAACUAGAAAAUCUGAGCUAAUAAUGAAACGACAGGGAAGGCAGUUCAAGUCAGAGUUAUCAAGCAAGAAGAACGUAAGAAAAUUGAAGUCAUGAACAACAUCAAAAACAUGGAAUUGAAUAACAAAUCUAAUAAACAUUGUGGCAAAAGAGUGCAAGGGAAUGGAUGCGUCUACCGUCAGUGGCAUACCUCUGUACCGUCAGUUGAAUUGAUGAUAAGAGCUCCAUCCAAGAUAUCACGCCCCUUAACGGCCAUGGCAGACCUUCGAGAAAUAGAGCAACUUCAACUAACUUUGCUUUUGAUUAUCCCACAUUUAGGCUUCACGUGGCCACACUUCCACCUCUUGGCCGUUGAAAGCUUGUUGCAUAGGAACCUCCACUUGGACACCCACCUAGCAAAUGGAUAAAAUUUGUUGUUUAACAAUGAGAUGAGAGACAGAAUUAGAGCCAGUUUGGCAAUGCUUUUGAGAAGUGCUUUUGAGAAGUGCUGUGGAAAAGUGCUUUUGAGAAGUGCUUUUGAAAAAUUUAAGUGUUUGGUAUUGCUGUCAAAAAGUGCUUUUGAGAAGUAAAAUGUCCAUUUUAGACAUGAUAUUAUAAAGUAACAAA